GUUCGAUUCACGUCCUCUCCUUCCUGCCUCCUGCCUUCUAGCCCCUUCCUUCCCCUCCUCCUUCUGGUCGUCGUCGUCGCCGCCGUCGCCGCCAAUGGGGCGCAUCCACAUUCUCUUCUUUCGUCCUUGUCUCCCGCGCAGCUUCUACGCCAAUUGAGUCGCUGCCAGGCACUGGCUCGGUCGGCUGAAGCAUCCUCCGCUUUUCCCGGAAGCUCUUGCCUGUCGUUCCUCGCGCCCCGUCGCCCGCCUGUUCGUCUUCACCACCACGGUCUGCCAGCCUGACGACAUGCACCGCAUGCACCCGAGCAUUCCUUGCGCGUGCGCUCCGAAUUCAUAAUUGACACGAUGAAGAAGCAGCACCAGCAUCAUCAGCGCAAUCUCUCCAGCAGCCUCGGUUCGGCCUGGGAGCCCCCAGUCGGCAGCCGCCGCAGCGCGUCCUCCCAGCCCGGCGGUGGAACGGGGCCCUCGAGCUCCCGCAACACGCCCGACAGCCACACCGGGUCCCCUAAACCUGCCCCGACCAGCUCCAAACCCGCAAAGAGGCGCUCUCCCGAAGCGCCCACACCCCCGCCGCCCAAGAUGUCCUCCCAGCGGAACCGCCCACGGGAUAGGAAAGGCAACAGCGAGUCGGGCACUCAUGGCGAAGAGUUUCAGCUCUGGAACGAGAUCCAGAAGAACAUGCCCGCCGUCAUCAGCUCGUUCAACGAGAGCAGCAGCAACAUCUUGGACAUUCGGGACCAGGACAAAGUUAUGGCUGAGAAGAGAGAUCAGGGCACCCUCGAGACAUCCGACUACAGCAAAUUAGACAAUCUACUUAGAAAAGGCGUCAAGGCAAACGACGCAGCCGGUGCCGAAAUACCCGCCAUGAUCGAACAACUCAAGGUGCUCCGUGCCGUCAUCAAGGCGAAAGAGCAGGAGCAAGAACAGACCUCUUCGUCUCGUUCCUCAACACAACGAGUCAAAGAGUCGGCGGCCGCCGCCGCGUCAUCCUCUGUGUAUGACUUUGACGGCGCAGGCGAGUCGACCGUGCCGUCUCCCAACCCUACCGUGUCACGCCGGAUGGGCGGCUCAGCGAGCAAAGGCGACCGCGAUUCCGUGCCACCCAAAGUCGACCGUUCCACGCCAUCUGCCAAGGCUGGCAGCGUCGAGCCCCAGAACGGCUCGGCGAGCAGUAUCGCGCGGUCCAAGAUGUCCUUUUCAAAAGAUGACGAGGUAGCAUUCAGACCCAAGCCGACUGGCAACGAGCAGACAGACUGGAUCCUUGGCAUCGUACAGGAAGUCCGGGGCGAGGGCAAGUCACGACGUUAUCGCGUGCUCGACGCAGACGUGGACGAGUCUGGCAACCAGAAAGAUUUCCGGACGAGUGCCAGCAGCAUGAUCCUGAUUCCCCCGGAAGGCUCGGUACUCGCGCCGCUGGAUGCUGGCAAGACCGUACUGGCCCUGUAUCCACAUACGACGACGUUCUAUAAAGCCGAGGUCAUUGGGAUGGAGGGAGAGGACAAGGUCAAUCUCAAGUUUGAGGGCGAGGAGAGUAGCAACACGAUGCAGGCAGUGGGCCGGCGUCACGUAGUUGAAUACCGGGGAUGAGUGAUGUCAUGCCUGGGUGACAGGCGUAAUUACACCUGGGGCACCUACUAUAGUACGGGUCCGCUUCAGCAUUGCGAUUGGCGGGGGAGCCCGAGGACAGAAAAGGCGGCAUUUUGUUUUGCAGCAUGGCGUUCCGCAGGAUGGGAUACUUGCAUCUGGCAUGGCGAUGGUUUGUUUGCAUACAUGGUCUGCAGCGGCAGGGCGGCUCUUGGAGUUAGCGUACUGAGCAUUACACCAGCAUCUAUCUUGACAGGACCCUUUGGUCACAGGAACCACCACUACAGGGCAGAUUCUUCCAAGUGCGUGCG